CCCGCGCACGCGCGCUGGGAGCCUGGCCGCCUCGUCCGCCGUGACGUCACUAGGGGCGGUGCUGAGCCGGCUGGAGGGAGAGCGGCUGUGCGCAGUGGGUAGGAGAGCAAACCGUGGGACCUGUGGCGUCGGCGGCGGCAGCAUGGCCGUGCUCUACGGAGGUGUGGAGGGGGGAGGCACACAGUCCAAGGUACUUUUGCUCUCGGAAGAUGGGCAGAUCCUGGCAGAAGCAGAUGGACUGAGCACAAACCACUGGCUGAUCGGAACAGACAAAUGUGUGGAGAGGAUCAACGAGAUGGUGAACAGGGCCAAAGAGAAAGCAGGGGUGGAUCUUCUGAUACCUCUACGAAGCUUGGGCCUUUCCCUGAGCGGUGGGGAGCAGGAGGAUGCAGUGAGGAUCCUGGUGGAGAUGCUGAGGGACCGAUUUCCCUACCUGAGUGAAAACUACUUAAUCACCACCGAUGCCGCCGGCUCCAUCGCCACAGCUACGCCGGAUGGUGGGAUCGUGCUCAUCUCUGGGACUGGCUCUAACUGCAGACUCAUCAACCCUGACGGCUCUGAGAGUGGCUGCGGUGGCUGGGGCCACAUGAUGGGAGACGAAGGCUCAGCCUACUGGAUCGCACAUCAAGCAGUGAAAAUAGUGUUUGAUUCCAUUGACAAUCUAGAGACAGCUCCUCAUGAUAUUGGCUACGUCAAACAGGCCAUGUUCAACUAUUUCCAGGUGCCGGAUCGGCUAGGAAUCCUCACCCACCUGUACAGGGACUUUGAUAAAAGCAGGUUUGCUGAGUUCUGCCGGAAAAUUGCAGAAGGUGCUCAGCAGGGAGACCCCCUUUCCCAGUACAUCUUCAGGAAGGCUGGUGAGGUGCUGGGCCGGCAUGUCGUGGCAGUGCUGCCUGAGGUUGACCCGGUCUUGUUCCGAGGAGAGAUGGGCCUUCCCAUCCUGUGUGUGGGCUCUGUAUGGAAGAGCUGGGAUCUGCUGAAGGAAGGUUUCCUUACGGCACUGACUCAGGGCAGAGAGCUCCAGGCUCAGAACUCCUUCUCUGGCUUCACCCUGAUGAAGCUGAGGUACUCCUCUGCCCUGGGUGGCGCCAUCUUAGGGGCCAAGCACGUCGGCCACCUCCUCCCCAUGGACUACAGUGUCAAUGCCACUGCCUUCUACUCCCACACCUUUUCCUAGGAGAUUAGCCCUGGCUCCACCCAUUCUACACCCCCCUCUGGACAUGGGAUGCUAGAAGGAAGGGAUCUUUUUCUACUUCUUCUUUUUGUAAGAAAAAUCUUAUAGGAGAAAAUAAAGGCACUUUAACCAGUC